AAAAAUAAUUAAGGAAAUAAAGGAAAUAAUCCAUAAACUGAAAACUGAUGAACAACAUAAUCAUGGAGGAGAACAAAAAUGAACAAAAUAGUGAAGAAAAUGAGCAAAAACAAACAAAAUAAUUAAACAUAUGAACACAAAUGAACAAUGAUAAUAAAAAAAAAGCAAAAAUGAACCAUUACCAUAAUUUAUAACAUAAUUAAUAAAAUGGACAAAAUUGCAUAAAAUCAUCAAGAGAAUAAACACAGUCAUCAGCAAAAUGACAAAAAUUAUUAACAAAAUGAUUAAGAAAUUAAUUAGAAAGUGUUUAGUUUCAGUUGGUGAACCCGUUGAACCUGGAACACACUCGACUGCACAUGAAAAGCAUCAUCAAACUUUAAUCACCACCGUUAUAGACUGAUUAUCAUAAUGACUCCAUUCAUUUACAGAGUUCAUUAUAUAAUCACAGGAACGCACCAGCAAACACUGCAAAAUAUUUAUAUGAGUGGAGAUGUGAGGAACGUCUCCACCUUCAGGAGAUGAUACAAGACAGUCCCACCUUCAUCUGAGGAGCAAUUUAAUGGAGAAGGUGGAGACGUUCAGUUUAAUGGAGAAGGUGGAGAAGGUGGAGAUGUUCAGUUUAAUGGAGAAGGUGGAGACCUUCGGUUUAAUGGAGAAGGUGGAGAUGUUCAUUUUAAUGGAGAAGGUGGAGAUGUUCAGUUUAAUGGAGAAGGUGGAGACAUUCGGUUUAAUGGAGAAGGUGGAGAUGUUCAUUUUAAUGGAGAAGGUGGAGACCUUCGGUUUAAUGGAGAAGGUGGAGAUGUUCAUUUUAAUGGAGAAGGUGGAGAUGUUCAGUUUAAUGGAGAAGGUGGAGACGUUCGGUUUAAUGGAGAAGGUGGAGAUGUUCAGUUUAAUAGAGAAAGUGGAGAAGGUGGUGAUGUUCAGUUUAAUGGAGAAGAUGGAGAUGUUCAUUUUAAUGGAGAAGGUGGAGAUGUUCAGUUUAAUGGAGAAGGUGGAGACAUUCAGUUUAAUGGAGAAGAUGGAGAUGUUCAGUUUAAUGGAGAAGGUGGAGACGUUCGGUUUAAUGGAGAAGGUGGAGAUGUUCAUUUUAAUGGAGAAGGUGGAGAUGUUCAGUUUAAUGGAGAAGGUGGAGACGUUCGGUUUAAUGGAGAAGGUGGAGAUGUUCAGUUUAAUGGAGAAGGUGGAGACGUUCGGUUUAAUGGAGAAGGUGGAGAUGUUCAGUUUAAUUGAGAAGGUGGAGACGUUCAGUUUAAUGGAGAAGGUGGAGAAGGUGGAGAUGUUCAGUUUAAUGGAGAAGGUGGAGAUGUUCAGUUUAAUGGAGAAGGUGGAGACGUUCGGUUUAAUGGAGAAGGUGGAGAUGUUCAGUUUAAUGGGGAAGGUGGAGACAUUCGGUUUAAUGGAGAAGGUGGAGAAGGUGGAGAUGUUCAGUUUAAUGGAGAAGGUGGAGACGUUCAUUUUAAUGGAGAAGGUGGAGAAGGUGGAGAUGUUCAGUUUAAUAGAGAAGGUGGAGAAGGUGGAGAUGUUCAGUUUAAUGGAGAAGGUGGAGACAUUGAGUUUAAUGGAGAAGGUGGAGAUGUUCAGUUUAAUGGAGAAGGUGGAGACAUUCAGUUUAAUGGUGAAGGUGGAGAUGUUCAGUUUAAUGGAGAAGGUGGAAACAUUCAGUUUAAUGGAGAAGGUGAAGGUAGAGAUGUUCAGUUUAAUGGAGAAGGUGGAGACGUUCAGUUUAAUGGAGACGGUGAUGUUCAGUUUAAUGGAGAAGGUGGAGAAGUUCAGUUUAAUGGAAAAGGUGGAGAAGGGGGAGACAUUCCGUUUAAUGGAGAAGUGGAGAUGUUCAGUUUAAUGGAGAAGGUUGAGACGUACAGUUUAAUGGAGAAGGUGGAGAAGGUGGAGAUGUUCAGUUUAAUGGAGAAGGUGGAGACAUUCACUUUAAUGGAGAUAUUGGAGACGUUCGGUUUAAUGGAGAGGGUGGAGAUG